AUGUCCCUCGAGACCAGUGCCCGCCUGCUGGCUGCAGUCGCGACUCCGCUUGGUUAUGCGAUUCUUCUUCGAGCUGCGUACCAAUUCUUUCGAUUCGUCCAGUUCAAUCUCCGCAGAUCAUCGUUGCGCAAGUAUGGCACUUCACAUAGACUCUACUCGAUCGGUUCGGACCAAAAGUCUCGCCCAUAUGCACUCAUCACAGGUGCAUCCGACGGCUUAGGCCUGGUCUUCGUGGAGCAACUAGCCGCCAAGGGUUUCAACCUGAUCAUCCACGGCCGCAACCAGGCGAAGCUCAAUGGCAUUAAGGCAAAUACCGAGACCAAACACAACAUCACAGUACGAACCCUCGUAAUCGACGCCGAAAAGCACCCGACCGCCUUCUCCUCACAGUCCUACAACGACUUCGAGCAAACAAUCCUAGCCACCAUCAGCGACGUCCCCCUCACAGUCCUAGUCAACAACAUCGGCAUCCUCGGCCCAAACCUCUCCCUCGACACCCGCCCCCCAUCCUCCAUCGACGACUUCAUCAACAUCAACCUGCGCUUCCUCACCCACCUCACGCGAGUCUGCCUCCCAAUCCUAAAACGCAAAAAACCCGCUCUAAUCCUAAACAUCACCUCCGCCGCCGAAACCGCCCCCCUCCCCCUAUCCGCACCCUACACAGCCGCCAAAGCCUACGGCUCAGCCCUCCACCGCUCCCUCCGCCACGAACUUAACCUUACCGGUUUCCCCGACAUCGAAGUGCUGAGCCUCCGCUAUGGGAUCCUGUGCACGCCGAGCGCGGGGAGGACAGAUGCGGACGCAAAGUGGGAUAUUCCGACGUGUGCGCGGGCGGUAAAGGAUGGGUUGCGGUGUGUGGGGUGUGGCGAGUCGACUGUGGUUCCCUACGUUGGGCACCAGUUGCAGGAGUGGCUGGUGGGGUGGUUGCCGGAUAAUGUGAAGGAAAGCUUCUUUGCGAAGUUUUGGCUGGAGAACUUGAGGACUGUGCAGGGGUUUGAGGGGCUGGCUGGUCAGAAGAAAUGA